CCAUCACCUUCCUUUGCCCGUCCGCCAUCGACAUUACCAUCGCUCCCUCAUCAUGUCCUCUCUCAAGAACUUGCUUCUCUCCACUACCGCGCUGGCCGCUCUCCUACCCUUGACCACCGCCCACAGCUGGGUCAAAUCCGUCAACGUCGCUGGUAAAGAGUACCGUGGUUGGGACUUCAACGCGGAUCCUUAUUACCCCGAUGCGACCAGGCCUCCUAGUUACACCAGGAAGAACGAUGGGAACGGACCCUGUCUCGACUGGACCCAGAAAUGUAUCAUCAUCAACGAGGGUGCCAACGCGGAAAAGUUCGAAGCGACCACCCCUACUCAGACGAUCCCUGCCAAGGGCGGAGACUCUGUCACGCUCGACUGGCAGCAGUGGCCCGACUCGCAUAUCGGUGGACAAGCCGUCUAUAUGGCGGACUGCGGUGCGACUUGUGAGGGUGCCGAUGCCGCUUCUCUUUCGUGGUUCAAGAUCAUCGAGGAAAACUACGACACGGCCACUUCGACCUGGCCCCUCUCUCUUUUGACAAAGAACCCGUUGUAUACGUUCAACCUCCCCACCGACCUCCCCUCGGGGUCCUACAUGGUCAAGCACGAACUCCUCGCCCCCUUCAGCGGACAACAGUUCUAUCCCAUGGCCUUCCAGGUCGACCUCGAAUCGAGCGGAACGACCGUUCCCGCUCCUACGGGCAAAUUCCCGGACAUGUACGCCGACUUCGUGGAGUUGACUACGGACGGACCUAGUUUCAAGUACCCGGGUAUCGCUGUUUAUCAGGGCGGGAUCGUCAAGGGAGACUCGGGUGGUGCAGCUUCGUCUCCAGGAGCUCCUGCUGCUCCCGAACCUCCCGCCUCUUCUGCCGUGGUCGAGCCAGUGACUACCGAACAAGGCGCUGAGCCCACUGACGUUGCUGCUACCUCUACCGCCGCUGCCGAAGCUCCUGUUCCCAGCACCGCCGCUGCGACCUCGACCGAAGCGGUUCAGGUUCCUGCUCCCUCUGCUUCUGAACAACCCGAAGUAAUGGAGCCGACCACCAGCGCUUCGUCGGAUGCCCCUACCCCUACGGAUGUCGUCGUACCCGCUCUUCCUGAAGAGUCCGAAGAUGCCCCGAUCGAGACGAUGCCCAGCUUCACGGAAGAGUUGCCCAACGAGACCGCUACCUCCUCGAUUGCGCUCCCAAGCUCCAGUGUCCCUCCUGUUGACCUCCCCGUUCCCACCUCCAUCUCCGCCCCUACUCCUACCGAGUCCGCAUCCGAGCCUGAAGGUCCUGCUGUCCCUGCGCCUGCUCCUACCGGAAGCGCUGAGGGCGACCUCCAAAAGUUCACUGGAAGCAUCGGGGCCCCAAUCGGCGCUGUCACUCAGGUAGGAAACCAAUACUCUUCCGGCGGUAGGACGUACAACUACCUGUAUGACGCCCUUGAGGAGAGCUGUAACGAGCAGAGGAACGCCUGUUACAACGCUUCCAACAAGUUGCCGAAUGGCGAAGUCGGAGCGUUCCAGAGCCAGUGCGAGACUCAGACUACCGAGUGCUACACCGUCAACAGGGCUCAGGCUUCGGUCGCUCGAAGGUGGUCCAGCCGAGCUUUGGCUUUGUGAACAACGCAAUUCCGAUGCCGUGAUCAUUUCUGAACGGACCAUGUCAGGAUAGAUAGAGAGCUAGAGAGACCCGUUUCGAAAGAGGCAGGAUUGUUUGAUAGUAUUGCCGCGGUCUCGCUUCUGGCAAGCGAGAUAUCUCACCGACGAUGUACUUUCGUACUCGCACAUUCAGUCCACUCAUUAUUCUGCGC